AUGUCGCAGUCAUCACGAAGACUACGAAUCGCGUUUCUUCACCCUGACCUCGGAAUUGGUGGUGCUGAACGACUCGUUGUCGACGCCGCUCUGGGUCUGCAGCAACUCGGGCACUCGAUAGACCUAUACACGUCGUACCACGACCCGAAUCAUUGCUUCGAGGAGACGAGAGAUGGAACUCUGACCGUGCAUCACAUCGUGCCGCCCUUCCCCCGUUCUCUCAAGGGCAAGUUCCACAUCCUCUUCGCUCACCUACGCCAGCUGCACCUCACAACGCACCUCCUCUCUCCCCAAGCCCCGCAAUACGAUCUAUACUUCGUCGACCAACUCUCCACAUGCAUACCCUUUCUCCGACUCUUGGGAAAGACGCGCGUCGUGUUCUAUUGUCACUUCCCGGACAAGUUGCUAGCGACAGGUGCUACUGCGGAGGAGAAGCGCGCGAAGGAUCUGGGGUGGCUGAAGUGCAUAUAUCGGGUGCCAAUGGAUUGGCUGGAGGAGGUGACAACGAAGCAAGCGGAUGUCAUUCUGGCGAAUUCGCUGUUCACUGUGGGCAUGUUCAAGAAGUACUUCCCCUCCAUACCUCAGACACCUCGAGUGGUAUAUCCUGGGAUCAACCUUUCUGCCUAUGAACCACAAGUGGACGGCUCUGACUCAGAUAUCGUUGCUGUUGCACCGGACCAGCCGACCUUCCUUUCGCUGAACAGGUUCGAGAUGAAGAAAAACGCAAUGCUCGCUCUGCAAGCCUUCGCACUGCUCAAAAAUAGAAGCAAAGACCUUGGUCCACUCCGUCUCGUCCUCGCAGGCGGAUACGACCCUCGCGUCGAAGACAACGUCAACACCCUCCGCCAACUAGUCGACUGCGCAAAAUCCCUCUCCCUCACGUACACCAUCAAAUCGCCCUCUGCACUCGCACCACAAGCCUCCUCCCUCAACUCAAACUCAACGAACCCCGAAAUCCUCUUCCUCCUCAAUUUCACGAUGGCCCAACGGACGGCCCUGCUCCUGAACCCAUCAACCCUCGCCCUCCUCUACACACCCACGAAUGAGCACUUUGGCAUCGUACCCGUUGAGGCGAUGGCGUGUGGCCUGCCGGUGCUCGCGUGCGACUCGGGCGGCCCGACGGAGAGCGUCGUCUCCUCAUCCCAGAACCAAUCUGACGAACGCACGGGGUGGUUGAAGGCACCUGACUCAGAAGUGUGGGCGGACGUGCUAAGUGAGCUGGUGUCGCUCGGCCCGGAAGAGAGGAAGGCGAUUAGUGAGAGGGCGAAGAAGAGGGUGAAGAAUAUGUUUACAAUGGACGCGAUGGCGAGGAGUCUGGAGGAGGCAUUGACCGAGGCAUAUGAGAUGGGCAAGGUCGACACAGAGUCACUUGGGUGGGUGAGGACUAUGGUGAUGAUGUUGGUUGGAUUUUUGCUGGCGUAUUUGGUGGGGCCAUUCGUCCUCCCGUCCUCUGGUUGA